UAUGGAUUAAGAUUAGAGAGGCCUUUCACCUUAAACUUCUAAAUCAUCAUCCCAUUAAAAUUAAGUGCCAAGGUCUAAAGAAUUUCCACUUGAUUUCUUUAUCUAAAAGAAGUUUAUUUCUGAUGAUUUCAAAUCUAUAUUAGAAGAAGCACAAGUAUAAUUUUAAACCUAAAUAAGCAAAAAUAUUCAUUAAAAUCUAUUCAUUUUAGUCAGAAAUAUUAAAUCCCAGACUUAGAAGGUCAAGCAUUUACAAUAGAUGAUCCUGGAGAAAAUAAAAUGAAUUCUAAAUGUGAUGCUGCUUUUUUUAUACUUCAAUAAUUGUAUGAGAGAUGGAAAUAAUAAAUCAAUAUUAUCCUCUUAAUUCCAGAAGGUAUUAUUAUUUAUAUUAUGAUUUAGGAAUUGUAUCAUUUUUGAUAGGAUCUAAAGGAUCAUAGCUUGCUAAAAUCAAUGAAGAAACAAAUGCUAAAAUCACAGUUAAUCAACCUAUUCUUAACUACUCUCCUAGAACUGUUAAAAUUGUUGGUGAUCAAAUUACUAUUAAUUGUGCAAUUAGAGCUAUAACUAAAAAAAUGUAAGAGAGAGGAAUAUCUUAAGAAGAUUAUAAAAAAGUUCCUGAAGCUUUAAAUCCAUAAAAAGUAAAUGCAAAAGUAUUAUAACUCAAAAAAAUAAUAUAGGCAAAACUCAUUUUUCAAUCUUAAAUUGCUGAUUAUAUAUUGAAAAACAAAAAUGAUGUAGAACUUAAAUAAAAUGUUUCAAUAAAAGCAAAAGAAAAUAAUGACAUUAGACUCACUGUAAUUAUUAUAUUAAUCAAUUUCUUUUAGUAAAAAUGUAAACUUAAAAGAGAUGAUAAAAUAAUUUAAUUAUAAGGCACUUUAUCUAAUGUUUAAGAUGCUUUGUCAUAUCAGAUCAGAAGAGUUUUUGAUCAUUUUAAAAAAUAAGAAUUAGAAAUCAAAAUUAUUAUGCCAGCUAGUUAUGCCUCUAAAUUAAUUGGAGCUAGUAUCUAUUAUACUUAUUUCUUAGAGGGUUGUUAAAUUAAAGAAUUAGCUACUAAAUCUAAAGGAGCUUAAAUUAAAGUCUUAUCAGAUAAAGAUGAAACUGAUCAUGAUUAUCGUACAUUAUUUCAAUUCAUUUUAUAGAUUGUAUUGUUUAAAUAGCAGGAACUCUAUAAAAUAAAUAAGAUGCUAGCAAAUUAGUUCUUUAAUAAAUUGAAUGUUUCAAAAAUGGAGGACCUGUAUAAUUAUUAUAUUUAUAUAGAUAAUGGAUAAUGGGAAGUUUUUAAAUGAUGAUAAUUUUAAUUAAACAUCUUAAUUACCUUAUAAUUAAAAUUAUGAAGAAUCUAAAAUGAAGAGGUUUAAUAUAUCUACAUCCUUUUUAGAUAAAAAUCCAGUUCACUAUCUGAAAGAAAUUCAAGAUCAAGAUCAUAAUCUAGAAGAAAACAUAAACAUUAAAGAAAAAGAUCUAUUGAAAGAAGAUCUGCAUCAUCCAGGUAUAAUAAAUUUAAAUAUAAUUUAUUAUUUAGUUUGUCUAAAAGAAGAGAAAGGUCUAAUAUUUUAUCAACUAAAAUGAUUAUUUCUAAUGAUUUGAUGCGCAGUUUAGAAAAAUUUCAUAAAAUAUAAGAAUUGACAUCGAGAUAUAAUGUAGACAUCUAAGCAGAUGACUUGGUACUAAUCAAAUCUAAAAAAAUAGAGAAGAAAUUCUGAAUUUUACUUGAGAAUAAAAGGCAAAUUAAAAAAUUGUUUAUUUGCUAUAGAAGAUAUUUUGUAUGAGCAACAAAAACUCCUAAGAGAAUGAAUAUUAAAUAUAACAAAAAAUUAAUAAUA